CAGACUUCACCUCAGCCCAGCUUGCAGUGGCCCCCACACACGCACCUCAAAGCUUCAACAUAAUAAGCUCGUGGUUUCUUGAAACGUAAAACGUUUUGAUCAGUUCGUGCGUGGGGAAAUUUUGUAUUUUAUCUCUGGCGUUAAAGGUGUGAUAAAUCAUCCCUCGUUACUAGCGACGUUGUUUACUUUCACCACUGACUCUGCUUAACUUGCAGUAGUUGGGAAAGACUCCAUCUUGGUGAAAUAUCCAAUAUGCUUAAUAUCAUCCAGAAUCCGCCCUUUGUGUUGGCGUGGGUGACGGGGGAUGCCUCCGCAGCUAAGGACGCCCUUUCUAAGUUCACCUGGAGGUCCCCCAUCGUAGUGGUUAAAGUUGUUGACAGUGUCCUAAGGGGCGUGGCACAGGUAGUGUUCGUAAACAAUCCUUUAUCAGGCUCGCUCAUUCUGCUGGGUCUUUUCCUGAGUGACUUCAGGUGCGGAUCAGGUGCACUCUUGUGCUCCCUCAGUGCCAUCACUGUUGCUAAGGUGAUGGGAAUACCAAACAGCAUCAUAGAGGCAGGCUUGACCAAUUUCAAUGCAGUGUUGGUGGGAACGGUGAUUCCAGCCCUGUACCCUGUGUUCUUCCACCAGCCCCUCUCGUUACCCGUCUGGGGCUACAUGAUAGUAUCGUCAGUAUUCAGUGUGUGUGUGCUUGGUGGCUUGGGCAGGAUCCUGGACGCCCACACACUCCCGGCCUUCACCCUUCCCUUUAACCUGGUCACCUCCAUGGCCUUCGUCAGUAUGCGGGAGGCGGGUUAUGAAAUCGAGCCUCUCAACGUUAACCAAACCCAUGAGUACCCCGUGGAUCCAACAUGGAACCAGCAGGUGUGGCUGGGGACGCUGCUGUCAGCUGGUCAGGUGUGGGGAGUGGAGAGCGUAUGGUGCUCCACCCUGGUCAUGGUGGCUGUCUUCAUCUCUUCCCCGCUCCUCACUCUUCUCACCUACACAGGGGCGACGGUGGCAACCUUCACAGCUCUGGUGGUGUCAUCAGCGCCGUAUACACUAGUGGAAGCGGGUGUGUGGGGCUACAACGGAUUCCUCUCAGCUGGGGCCAUCACUUUCUUCAUGGUGCCAACCCCAAGAACACUCCUGCUGGCUGUUAUCAAUGCCUUCUUCACCACAUUCAUCCAUUCGUCUCUCUCUCCCAUCUUUGCUUCAGUCCAGCUGCCAGUGUUGACUAUCCCGUUUUGCCUCAGUUCAUUAAUCUUCCUAUCCUUGGCCAUGUCGGUGGGUCCAGCUUCCCUUAGAGUAUCUAGUCCGUCCUUCCCAGAGCGACACCUAGUCCUGUAUGCCCAGAAGCUCAGCAAUGAAAAGAAAACACAAGAAAUCGCCACGACAGUGCCAGAAAUUUCUCGCCUUUGAACCCCUCAAGGGAGGUGCCUUCAUGCCACAAAGAGGCCCUUGAUCCAAGGAACCGGAUAUAUCCUUGCCCUCCUUUCAUCAAACUUCAUUGUUUCCAAUUACAUAGGCGUUAUAUUACUCAUACAAGUUUAGCGUUUCCCCUUGAUUAAAAAAAAAAAACUAUCCCUGAGUCACUUUCGUUAUAAUAUGAACUUUAAGCGGAUAUAAAAGCUGAAAAUUGGUGGAAAUAUAAAACUGUGUAUGCAAACAAUAUAGCGACAGUUUGACAUGACUUAAGAAAUCGUAAUGACACGAUUGCAAAUAAACCAUACCCCCGGCC